AUGAAAAAGAGUACUAAGACUUAAGUAACUAACACAUAAAAACAGAAAGUUAAAUCCCCUACUAAAAAAACUACAGAAAUUCAAUAAGAAUCUAUGUUAUAGAGUGGAAGAGAUUGGGCUAAGCAAUCCUAUCGUAGUUCUCAGAGUCCUUCAUAGCAUAGUCCUUCGGGUAUCAGUCCAACAACUAAGAGAAUGUCGUCUUCUGCAGUUUAAGUACCUGCGAAUGUUAGAAUGUAAAAGAGACAUUCAUCUAUUGUUGCCAAAGGAACAGAGAUGCAUUAAAGAUCAGUUAUCAAAUACUUAGGAUUAAAUUUAGAACCUGUAUGCGAUAAAAAGAGUCAUGAAAAAAAUAAAUUAAUUUACAUUUGUUAAAAUCCUUUGUGUAAAGCUUAAAAACGAUUGGGUUGUGCUUAUUGUUUACUGGAAGAACACAAUAAUCAUGAGACAAUGGAAGUUUAACAAUUUUGUAAGCUUUUUGAUGAAAAGUAUAGAGAGUUCUAAGAUUAAUGUAGUUCCAUUCAGAAAAUGCCAGAAAGAGUUUCAGAAGUCAAAUAAAAAUUUGAAUAAUUAACAAAAGACAUAUUAUAAAAGCUUAAAUUAAUUGAAUAAGGAAUUAUUUGUGCAGUUGACGGUUUCUUAUUUUGGGAAACCAAAGAAAAUGGAUUGACUGAAUAAGUAGAGUAAUUAAUAAAAAAGAAUAUUUAUGAUAUGAGUUAAGAUGAAUUAUUUGACAGCAUAGAGUUUAUUUAAGGGAAACAUAUAAGGGAAAUUACUCAGAUUGCUACCUAAUCCAAUUUGAUAGUCAAGAAAAGAACAAUAUAAUUAGAUUUGACUUGGCAGACAUACUUCCCUCAAUUAGAAUCUGAUAUCAUGUAUGCUCUAGAUGACAAUAAAGAAAUGUUUAUACAUGAUCAAGAUCUCAAUCUCAUAAGACUGCAAAAGAUUGAAAUGAAACAAUAGAGAUUAGAUGGAUUAUCCUAAUAAAUUAAAGAAUAAAUCUAAAAUAUUAAUUCUGUUUUUAAAUAGGAAGACGUCUAGAUGGUCAACAGUCUACCUGAAAUUAUAAAGGAAUCUAACAAUCAAUUUGAAUUUAUGUAUACGGAUGGACAACAGUAUUAACAUUUGGAUGAAUCUCAAUAGAAAAUUCAAGAAAAUGUCACUACUUUCCCUCAUAUCCUAUACACUCAAGAUUGCGAACAUAGGCAACCCUGUAAUACAAUACCUAUUUUUGCUUGCUGCAAUAAGGCUUACCCUUGUGCUCAAUGUCAUGGAUAUAAAUAGCACCCUCCAAAAAUAUCAGUACCUAGCUAUCGAUAUUGCAUGAAGUGUUUAGAAAUCUAUUUAGUCAUCUACCCUACCAAUCAAGCUGUCAAUUGUCUUAAAUGCUAAUGA